UACAUGAGAGGCAUGGGUUACAAAUGUGGACAAAGAAGCUAUGCAUUGAGGUUGAAGUACAACUACUGCAAUGUUCUCCAGGUUACAAACACUAUUGUGGCUUGUUUUUGGCUAUACCUAUCCGGCUUAUGAGUGUUUUAAAACUUUGGAGAAGAAUAAGCCAGAGAUGGAGCAACUUCUUUUUUGGUGCCAAUACUGGAUUAUAGUUGCUAUGCUUACUAUCUUUGAGAGAAUUGAAGAUACUUUCAUUUUAUGGCUACCACUGUAUAGUGAAGCAAAGUUGGCAAUCUUUAUAUAUCUUUGGCAUCCUAAAACAAAGGCACGCAUUUGACAUCCUGAACUUGUGGAACUAUUUUGUUUAAUUAACUUAUACAUUCGUAACAAUUUCUUUGACAUAAUAAUUUUUAAUUGUUUCCAAGCAACAUCAUAUGUUUAUAAUUCCUUCUUCCGGCCUUAUGUGGCUAAACACGAAGCGGAUAUUGAUCACACCUUAUUAGAGUUGAGAGUUAAGGCUGGGGAUCUUGCAAUUCUGAAUUGGCAAAAAGCUGUUAGUUUUAGCCAAACAAGGUUUUUUGAGAUUCUGCAGUAUGUUUCUUCUCAGUCAGCAUCAUGGCCUAAAUCUGAUGAGGUUUCCAUUGACAAGGAAAAGUAAUAUCUGCUCUAGGGAUCAGAAGUCAUUUGUUUAGUGCAUUCUACACUGUAUUCUUCUGAUGGUAAUAGUUAAAAUUGGGAUAAGAAUGUUGAUUACUCAUUCUUUGGCCAUAAGCUCAUUAUGCAGAAACUAUGUAUACUUGAUCCUUAUACAACAAUGUUUUUUAUAUGGUUUAGCACUGAACCUAAGUAGUUGGAGUUAAGGCAUUGUUGUGUUAGGCAAACUUUAUUUGUUAAGACAAGGUACUGAGAUUGUAUUUAACUAAAUUUAGAGUAAUAAC